GGAAAACACAAGAGAGAGAAAGAGAGAGAGAGAGACAGAGGGGAAGCCUUGGGAAAAGCCUACAUCUCUUCCACGUUUGUUGGUAUAUAACCUGGGCAGGAGUGAGAUUUGAUCCAAUCUUUUCUGGGUCUUAAAGAUAAGAACCAGCUAUUCAGUCAUAAAAUCUCCAACGUGGGUCUUUUGUUUUUAAGAGAGAGAGAGAGAGAGAGAUUGGUAAAGAAAGAAGGGAAACAUGUUGGAAGGAAAAGCUUUGGUGGAAGACACAGACAUGCCUUUGAGGAUGCAGAUCCAAGCUAUGUCUUCUGCUUCUCAGGCUUUGGAUCUCUAUGAUGUCCUUGACUGCAAAUCCAUUGCUGGUUAUAUCAAAAAGGAGUUUGACAGCAAAUAUGGGAAUGGAUGGCAAUGUGUGGUGGGUUCAAAUUUCGGGUGUUUCUUCACUCAUUCUAAAGGGACCUUCAUCUACUUUACAUUGGAAAGACUCAAGUUCCUUAUCUUCAAAGGGGCUUCCUCUUCUACCUCUCCUUGAUGCCAAGGCGGUGUUUCAUGCUUGGUUGUAGUCUUGUACAGGCAAAAAGCUCAAGAGGAAAGUCGGAGGGGUAAAAGUGCACUGCAGUUUCUUUUUCUGUUUUUUCUUUUCUUUCUUUGUUGUAUCGAAUUCUAUGCAGGGGAGGAAGGAAGAGCAGAGGAGUGAAAAGAAAGAGAAAAAGAUGACAAGAGGCUCAGGAGUCAUGAAUAAAGCAUGAUCACUUGGGUCUUUUAGAUUUUUCCUGUGUGGUUUAAGAGAGCCUUUUUUGGGUUGUGAUUCUCUGCUGGGGCCAAUUAAAAGUGGCCUCAUGUAUAUAUAUAAAUGAAAUGAUGAUAUAUAUACUGUUUGAUACCCCUA